UUUCUGCUUCUCUAACUUUAUUUACAAUUUUUACUAUUUAUUUUAUUUCUGUCAUUAGCGUCGAUUUUCAUUUAUUCAUUUGCAAGCUUUAUAUACCCCCACAUUUACUUUUGCCAUCAACUAUUCUCUAAAUUCUAUAUAGCUUUUUUGUGUGUCCAAUGAAAAAAAACUAGUAGAGUUAAAUGAACAUAAGCUCUCUGUCAAAGUGCAAAAACAAAACAAAAUUUAUUUUAAAAAAUAUUUUUUUUAAAUUCAACUAUUUAUUUGUUUUAAAAUGCCCUUCUCGUAUUCUCGUCAUAAUUGCAUGCUUAUAUUUUUUAAAAAUACUUUGUGUUCCUAUUUUUAUUUUUCUGACCUUUGUUCUUUCCUUUGUUCUUUUCUUGCGCUGAUUUUAAAAAAAUAUUUUUG